CUCUGCUGAAUUAUUUUGAGUAUGCUUCUCUGUCUUGACUCUUGACCUUAAAGGGUAAUCAAAUAUCUUUCCUUUUUGUGUUGUGUUUUACUUCCUGGUGUUGGUGAUGGUGGAAAUUUAAGAAAUUAAGCUCUGAUAUAAGUCUAGUAAUGAAACUUGCAACUAGCUUCCAAACUUUGCUUAUUCUAUUUUGAGUGUAAACCUGGAUUGUGCCUAACUGAUGCAUUACCUUUGAAAGAAGCUCUUCAGUUUCAAGCAUGACACCUAAUUUACAUCUUCAACCUGUAGAUCAUAAAGAAGAAAAGGUUCUCCUUGAGAUGGGGAAUUCUGAAAAGCAGCUAUGGACAUUGAUUCAUUCUAAAGGCCUAUUAAAUGCCGAGGCUCAAGACUUGUACCGCAAGGUCCGGUCUAGUUAUGAGAGAAUACUCUUGAACAAUCACACACAGUCAGAACUUCAAGAUCUUGAAUACUGUUUGUGGAAGCUCCACUAUAAACACAUUGAUGAAUUUCGCAAAAUACAAAAGAAAGGUUCCGGUAAUGCUGCCGGAAAAAAAUCAGGCACAUCACCAGAUGCUGCUGCAGAGAAUCAUUUGCAGUCAUUUAAGUCAUUUCUGUCAGAAGCUAUUGAGUUUUACCAAACUCUGAUUGUGAAACUCAGAAAACACUAUGCAGUGCCAGAAGAGGCUUUGUUUUACAAGAAGGGUUGGACCUCUACUUCUGUUGAACCAGAUGUCAUGCUGAAAUGUCAAUAUUUAUGUCAUCGUUGCUUGGUUUGUAUGGGUGACCUCUCAAGGUAUAAACAACAAUGUGAAAACCCUGAUAGUCAAAAUCAUAACUGGUCAGUUGCUGCCACUCACUAUUUGGUAGCAACAAGGAUUUGGCCAGAUAGUGGUAACCCCCAAAAUCAGUUGGCUGUACUGGCAACAUAUAUUGGUGAUGAAUUUCUUGCCAUGUAUCAUAGUAUAAGAAGUUUAGCUGUUAAAGAACCAUUUCCUGAUGCUUGGAACAAUCUUAUCUUGCUAUUUGAAAAGAACAGGUCAUCACAUCUGCAAUAUACAUCAAGUGAAGUCUGCUUUGAAUUUUUAAGACCAUUAGGGAGAAUCAGUGAAGAGACGAAAGAACAAUACAAAGGCGAUAGCCCGAAUUACAGUAAAUUUGAAGGCGAAAGUAAUCACUUUGCAGAUACAAAGUUAUGGUCUCUUAUGGUCAGGACCAUAAGUUUCCUCUUCAUAACAUCAAGUUUGGAGGAGUUCCCUAUUGCAUUAGCAUCUACUGUUGUUGAGUUGGAUAAACUGAUGGAGCUAGAAGAUAUUGAACUGAAGAACAUGUUGGAGUCGUAUCGUCAAAUGGAUUUAGCCAGAAGAGGUCCGUUCCGUGCCUUGCAAGUAGUUUCUAUGCUCAUCUUUUCCCUGAAGAAUCUACUUGAUAAGCUUGAAAAGAAUGAAUCAGAAGACAAAGAUGAUAAGCAUUUGAUGCAGCUGGCUUUAGCCGCUGCAUUCAGCUUCAUGGGACGUUUUACUGAAAGAUGCUUAAAGGCUAGUUCUUUAAAUCACUGCCCCUUGUUGCCAUCUGUUCUUGUUUUUGUGGAGUGGUGUUCAAGCACGCUUGAUUCGGCUGAAGCAUGUGCUACGGAUCAGACAAGUAAAAGAGCUAUUUCAUAUUUUUUUCAUGUGUUUGUCCAACUUCUGAAUCAACUAAAUGUGAAUAGAAAGAAAACCAAGAAGCUUCUUGAUAAUACCCCUCUAUGGGAGGAUUAUGAGUUAAGGGGCUUUGUACCUGUUUCCCCUUCACAUUUCUCAUUAGAUUUCAGUGGUAACUGGGCAGGAAUGAAGAUUGCAAGAAGAUCAAAUAAUUUGCAGAAGUGGAUAACAUGUGAUGAAGCAGGAAACAAGUUUUAUGUGGCUAGUUCAGAUGAAGUUCACAGCAAGAAAGGAACAGAAAAGGUGGAGACCGGCAGCAAUGGUACAAGUGCAAAACAUCUUAAUCAGCAAAUCAACAAAGACGCCGCGGCUGAACAAGGCAAACUUAUAGCAAAGGAUAGUUUAAGUAGCUCUGGUAGCAAUGGAAAAUCCUCUGCAGUGGAAGAAGAGGAGGUUAUUCUCUUUAGGCCUCUCACAAGGUACAACUCAGCACCAUCAUACCCUUCUAUCUCAACUGAUGAGCAGACAUCACCAAAAGACAAGGAUGAACAAAACACCUCCUCUGAUGAUUGUUUGCGCCGUGCUACUUCUCUGCUUAUGGCACAAAACCCAGCUCAAAAUGAUCCAUGGGAAUUCCAUGCUACCCUUUCAAACUUCAGGAGUGACAAAUCAUUCAAGCAGCAAGAACCUUCAACAAAGGAAUCAAAUACAUAUACUUCUUCUGAAGCUCCAAUAUCAGCCGGCCCUCCUUCGCUCAGCGCUUGGGUCCUCGAUAGAGGAAGCUUCAGCAUCAACAGAAAUAAUGGAACAAAUUGUCUUGCACAACACAGGUUGCAACCCAUUGAUGAAAUAGCCACUUCAUCCUUGGCUAGUCUUUCCAUCAAUAACAAAACAGAGAACCCUGUUACCAUUUUGGCCAAUGAAUCUUCAAAUUUCCAUCCCUCUUCUGCCACAUAUUCUGUUCCAAAUCCAAUGCCUUCUGCUCCAUUGUUGCCUGAUAAUGCUGCUUGGUUCACCAAUCUACAAUCUGGUUCUCAAGUAUAUCCAAGCAACCAAUCACCACCACCACCACCCAGUGCCUAUCAAGAUUGGAGUUCUGCUUAUGGACCACCAGGAUAUGAUCCUAGAUUUCCAGCUUUUACCAAUGGAUACACGCCACCCGGAAGAAUGACUUCCUCCGAAUGGCUUCGUUGGUACCGAGAGAGUUACAAGCCUGAGAAGGCCAACAAUUAUGUGCAGCCUACUCAUAUGAAUACUGCUGGUCCUGGAAAUCAUGGAAACUUGCUCUAUCAUGAGAAUUACAGGUUUAAUCAGUUUGAUAGAUGGGGUAAUCCUAUUCCUUUGCCUUCUAACCAGUACACAAACAUGGAACCGCCGGGGCCACCACCGUUGCAGCCAGGUUUUCUCACUUCUGCUUAUGGUGCAAGUGAACAGAAGGCAAGUCUCUUCAACAAUUUUCAAAGGCCAAGCCCUUAUGGUUGUGGUGCUGUGACAGACAUGAGAAAUGAGCCUGUGUCUCUGCUAGAGUACCUGAAGGAGAAGGAGUUGAGACUCCAGAGAGAUCCUAACCUCGGAGGACCUACUUUCAUGGGAAAUCAGAACUCUUUCAUCUGAGCAAAA